AUGGGAGCAGGGAAGACGCUCAAAUUUGCCGUAUGUGAAGUGCUACAGUUUGUGGGGCUGUCCGUGCCUCUCUUCAUCGUCAUGCAGAGGUUUGCCGUGAUCGUGGCCAAAGUCAAAGAUCUAGCUGAGCCUCCUGGAGACAGCCGGACAGCCUACUGGUUGAUAGUGGCGGCUUCUGUGGCUUAUGUGACAUCAACAGCACUGCUCAUCUGGGUCCCACUCAAGUAUAUGGUGUUUCAGAAGAAGGCGUUUCUCAUUGGACGGAAGAAAUGGAGGCCAGUGGCUCUCGUCUAUGUGAUCCUAUCCACGCUACCCUGCUUUGCCUUCCUCAUUGCCAGCUCAGAGGUUCAAAUCAACAAUAACAUGAGACAUGACAUGUUUACGGAGGUCCCGGUGUCACUUGUCCUGUUCUCGCUGGUCUGCAUGGACGUAGUGGAGAGGAUUCGGUACUGCAGGCUGACGGGACGGGCUACAGAAAGAGACAGAGAAGCAGAGAUUCCCACCACAAUCCUCACGCGCAUGGACCCGGUCUCACCGGUGUCACCUCUAAAUCCACUUGUGCCGGGACCUGUCGGGCCUGGGCCAGCUGUCGCCACAUCUGUCCCCACGGCUUCACAGCUCAACACCCGUACCCCGAAUGGUCCCAUGGGGCGUCCAGAGCCAAACGGGUCGGUCCCCCUGGUCUCCAGUCUCCAUGGUAACCCCAGGAGGCUGUUCAGCAUGUCUGGUCUGAGCUCGCGCUCUGAGAGCAGUGCGUCCUACCCCAUGUCCCCGUACACAUACACCGGCCCUCUGCGCUUCCUCUGUGCCACUGACGCCAGAGCAGACGUGAUCGUGGACAGCUUCAUGUUCUGGUUGGACACGGUGGAGAUGGUGCGGUGCGCAGGGCACCCCCUGGUCUUCUACUCUGGCUGGGUAUUCCCCAUCUACAUCUUCAGCUACUUAUCGUGCCUCAGAGUGGUGGUCAUGCCCCAGAGCCCCCUGCUCUCCUCGCUCGGGGUGGCCCUGCAGGAUCUACCUUUCUUCUUUGUGCGGGCUGGACUGGUUGCUUUUUUUGACAGUGGAUCCUUUUUGAUCUAUAAUGACAACCACAACAAGUGCAUAAAAGUGGAAAGUGCUACCUCCAUCACAGUUGCCCAGUGCAAUCCUCAUGCCAAAGAGCAGCAGUUCCGCUGGGCCUCGGAGUCCCGUGUGCUCAGCCUGUCCCUCAAGCUCUGUCUCGCAGCCACUGAAAUCAAAGACUGGGUCAAAGUGGUGCUCUUUGAAUGUGAUGAUGCAAGUGUGCUGCAGCAUUGGGAGUGCAAGAACGAAACUUUGUUUGGCCUAAAGGAUCAGGACCUGCACCUGAACUGGGGAAACCGCAAUGAGAGAAACAUGAUGGUGUUCAAGGGCUCCGGCCUUUGGAGCCGCUGGCUGAUCUACGGCACCCGCGGAGACCUCUGCUCUAAAGGCUUUCAGGAGAUCUUCACUCUCGGGGGUAAUGCUUUUGGCGGACCAUGUCAAUUCCCGUUCAGGUUUAAUUCUGAGUGGUACUCUGAGUGCACAAAAGUCGGCCGGAGCGAUGGACAGCUGUGGUGUGCUACAUCGCGAGACUAUGACACGGAUAAAAAGUGGGGCUUUUGUCCAACCAAAGCCACGUCGGGCUGGGACACCGACCCGGUCACUGGAGUGGAGUAUCAGAGGAACACUCAGGCUGUGCUGACCUGGCACCAGGCCAGGAAGAGCUGCCAGCAGCAGGGGUCCGACCUGCUCAGCAUCGUGGAGCUGCACGAGCAGGCUUUUAUCUCAGGGCUGACAAGCACUUUAGGGACAUCUCUGUGGAUUGGACUGCACAGUUUGGAUUUUGACAGCGGCUGGCAGUGGAGCAAUGGAAACCCGUUCAGAUACCUAAAUUGGGCCCCAGGUCAUCCUUCUUCAGAGCCAGGAACCAACUGUGCAACCCUAAACUCAGGGAAAGCUUCCAAGUGGGAGAGCAACGCCUGCACCAAGAAACUUGGAUACAUCUGCAGACGAGGAAACUCUACUACACUUCCUGCACCUCUGAGCAAAGACCAGCCGAGCUUUUGUCCAAACCACUGGGUCCCAUACAGCGGAAACUGCUACUACCUCGACAGGAGUAAAAAGAUGUGGAGGGAUGCUUUGAGCGCCUGUCACAAAGAAGAAGGAGAUCUGGCCAGUUUAGCCAACAUAGAGGAGCAGAGCUUCAUAAAGAAGGCGUUGAGAAAACCAGCAGAGGGCACACACGAGGAGAUCAACCCAGGAUGCAAACUCGGAUCUGUUAGGUACGGCCCAUAUUGUUACAAGAUCGGAGCAGAGACAAAGUCCUUUGAAGAUGCCAAAACAGCUUGUUCUCAUGAAGGAUCCAAUCUGGUGGAUGUGGGAGACAGCUGCACCAACAAGGAAAAGUACAUCUGUAAAAAGAAAGCUGAAGGCAUUCCCCCCACCACAGUGCCUCCCACCACCCCCACUCUGACCUGUGCGGCCGAGUGGAACCCCCUCCACAAAAGAAACUUCUGCUUUAAAUUAGAAUAUGAGAACUGGGCAUUUGGAGAACCGAACAACCACAAUGACAACGAACACUGUGCAGAGCUGAACUCACACUAUGGCAGGCCCUGGAACGACAGGCACUGCGACUUCUUCAAUGACUGGAUCUGCCAAAUACGCAAAGGGAUACAGCCAAAACCAGAGCCUGCUGAGAUUGUUCCAGUUUACAACAAAACGGACGACGGCUGGUUUAUUUACAAUGACACGCAGUAUUACAUCAACAAUGACCUGCAGCCGAUGGAAAGCGCUCGGGCCUUCUGCAAAAAGAACUUUGCUGAUCUCGCUGUCAUCACAGGAGAAAGCGAGAGGAAGUUCCUUUGGCAAAUUAUCGUAAAGGGCUCGGAGUCACAGUACUACAUCGGCAUGACUGUGAACUUGGACAAGUCGUUCAGCUGGGUGGAUGAUUCCCCUGUAACAUAUACGGCAUGGGAAAAGAAUGAACCAAACUUUGCAAACAAUGAUGAAAACUGUGUCACUAUAUAUAAAAGUAUGGGAUACUGGAACGACAUCAACUGUGGCCUUGAGCUUUCAUCUAUCUGCAAAAGAAGCUCUACAUUCACAAACGCAACCGUAGCUCCCACUGACAUUGCUAAAGGAGGAUGUGCCCCGGAUUGGACGGCGUUUCAAGGAAAAUGCUACAAAGUUGAAUCCGGCAAUAAUAAAAUGGACUGGCAAGAAGCAAGGACAUAUUGCAGAAACCAGGGUGGAAAUCUAGUGUCCAUUCUUAACAAAAAUGAGCAAGCAUUUCUAACCACCCAGAUGUCUAAAUACUCUGAGGAUCUCUGGAUCGGCAUGAACGAUGUGAACUGGGAGAUGCACUUUGUUUGGACGGAUGGAAAAGGUAUUGGAUUCACAAACUGGGCGAAAGGACAACCCACUUCUGGGCCCGAUGCACGCUUCUCGUUCUCCUCUGAGAGUUAUGACUGCGUAGUUUUGGUGGGCAGCUCUGUGAAACAAACUGGUUUAUGGAAAGUAGAAGACUGUGAGGUAAAGAGAAGCUUUAUCUGCAAGAGAAACAUCGAUUCACAGAUACAAGUUGGACCCACUACGGUUCAACCCAAGUCCUUUUUCAAACUUGGGAAUGACUCGUACAAACUUGUGACUCAAAAGAUGAAAUGGGACGAGGCGCGGCGGCAGUGUCAGGCAGACGAUGCGGACUUGGCCAGUAUUCUGAACCCCGUGACCCACGCCUACCUGACCCUAGCGAUGUCCAAACACAAUGAGCCAGUGUGGAUUGGACUCAACAACAAUAUGACAGGAGGCCGAUUCAAGUGGAUUGAUGGUUGGUUCCUGUCGUACACAAAAUGGGGUGAAAAUGAACCCAAAAGCAACUAUGGCUGCGUUUACAUGGACACAGAUAAAACAUGGAAGACAGGGCCAUGCACCAGCAGCUACCAAUCUCUCUGCAAGCAGUCACAAGACAUAGCACCCACGGAACCACCGCAACAUAGAGGAAACUGCCCCGAAACGAUAAAGAAAAGGACAUGGGUUCCUUUUAGGGGCCACUGUUACUUGUUCUUUGCGUCUAUGGUGGAAAACUGGGCUCACGCCUCGGUGUCAUGCCUCAAACUGGGUGGGGCUCUCCUCAGCAUCGAAGACCCUCUGGAGAGUCAGUUCAUUCAGCAGAACCUGGAGCUGCUGCACGAUGGAGCCAAGUGGUUUUGGGCAGGGCUCUACAAGAAUCAUGAGGGUGAGUGGAUGUGGAUUGACAACCAACCCGUGGACUACACUAACUGGAAACCUGGGAUGCCUGGCAAAGAAUCGUGUGUUGAAAUCAACUCUGAAACUGGCCAGUGGAGCACAAGCAGCUGCAGCAGAUACAGAUCCUACAUCUGCAAAACACCAAAAGUUGUUACACCCACUGAGAAGCCUCCAUCUGUGGCUCUCGUGGUAAAAGAGGAGACGCACAGCUCAGCGGGCGUCACGGUGGCAGUGGUCCUGGUUGUAAUUGCCGUCGCCGGUCUUGGAGCCUUUCUCUUUUUCCGGAGGGCCAUUCCCAUGCCAGCUGUUCUGGGAGAGAGCCACUUUGAUAAUAAGCUUUACUUCAACAACCCCAUCCGCGCCCCAGUGGACACUAACGGUCUGGUGGCUAAUAUAGAGCAGAAUGAGCACGCUUAG